AUGGGGUCCAACGGUACAGCUAAUUCGACGGACACUCCUGCUCCCGUCCCGCUUAAUCCCGGGGAUGCCGCUUGGCUUCUUACAUCUACCGCACUCGUCAUGAUAAUGAUUCCGGGUGUCGGUUACUUCUACAGUGGUCUUGCUCGCAGCAAGAAUGCUCUAUCGCUCAUCAUGUUAUCCAUGCUAUCUCUUGCUGUCGUAUCAUUCCAGUGGUGGUUAUGGGGUUACAGUUUAGCUUUCAACUCAAACGCCGGCAAGUUCAUCGGCAAUCUCGAAAAUGCAUUCUUUAUGGAUGUGGGUAGUGAUACAUCAACUACCGCAACAGCUCUCACGUCAAUCCUCUUCGCCGUCUACCAAGGCAUGUUUGCCGCGAUCACGCCAGCACUCGCCAUCGGUUCAGCCGCCGAACGUGGCCGCAUCGUUCCUGCCAUCAUCUUCAUCUUUAUAUGGUCGACUAUUGUUUACGAUCCCAUUGCUUGCUGGACAUGGAAUCCACAGGGUUGGGCAUUCCAACUCGGUGUUCUUGAUUUCGCCGGUGGUACGCCUGUCCACAUUUCAUCUGGUGCUGCUGCUCUUGCAUACUGUAUCAUUGUCGGUAAACGACACGGUCACGGAACUGAUGAAUUCAAGCCCCACAAUGUUGCCAACGUCGUUCUUGGAACCGUUUUCCUCUGGUUCGGUUGGUUUGGGUUCAACGGUGGUUCAGCUGGUGACGCUAGUGCUCGUGCUGCUAUGGCUUCAUUCGUAACAAACUUGGCAACUGCUGUCGGCGGUCUUACCUGGAUGUUAUUGGAUUACCGUUUGGAACGUAAACUUUCUGUUGUUGGAUUCUGUUCUGGUUGUGUCGCUGGUCUUGUAGCUAUCACCCCUGGAUCUGGUUUCGUCGGACCACCAGCUGCAGUUGCCUUUGGUGUCGCUGCUGGUAUUUGCUGCAACAUGGCCGUAAAAUUGAAGCACAUUUUCGACUUUGACGAUGCUUUGGAUGUGUUCGCUGUCCACGGUAUUGGCGGUCUCACUGGCAACAUCUUGACUGGUAUCUUCGCCCAGAAUAAAAUUGUCAUGCUCGACACUGCAGCAGUACCGAUCGAUGGUGGUUGGCUUGAUGGCAACUGGAUUCAAGUACCUCGUCAACUUGCCGAUUCUGCCGCUGGCAUGAGCUACUCUUUCACUCUCACCUACAUUAUCCUCUUUCUCAUGGACAAGAUUCCAGGUCUUGCUAUUCGUGCUGAUCAUGAAACAGAAACUCGAGGUCUUGACGAAGCUGAACUCGGUGAAUUGGCUUACUACCACGUUGAUCGUCUCAUUACCGUCAAUACAAGGACUGGCGAGACAAAGUCAAUCAAGGAAGAGACAGUCCAUCAGGGCAACGACACCAACGUCACGAUUGUGUAA